AUGUUAAUGCCUUCCAUUCCUCCAGAUGCCACAGCCAAAGAUCCACCCAGGUUCAAGUUGGCUACUCCUUCAGAUGCCACCAUCAGCCUGGUGAAUGGCACGAACCGCUGCGAGGGUCGUGUGGAGAUUUCACACUCUGGGGGCCAGGGCACCGUCUGCGACGAUGGCUGGGACCUGAAAGAUGCCCAGGUGGUGUGCAGGCAGCUGGGAUGUGGCACUGCUGUUUCUGCAACAUCAGAGGCCUCCUUUGGACAAGGCAGUGGCAACAUCUACCUGGACGACGUGAGCUGCACAGGGUCGGAAUCGUCCCUCUUCCAGUGCAGCCACAAUGGCUGGGGCGUCCACAACUGUCGCCACAGUGAAGAUGCUGGUGUUGUGUGCUCAGAUGUCACCAUCAGCCUGGUGAAUGGCACGAACCGCUGCGAGGGUCGUGUGGAGAUUUCACACUCUGGGGGCCGGGGCACCGUCUGUGACGAUGGCUGGGACCUGAAAGAUGCCCAGGUGGUGUGCAGGCAGCUGGGAUGUGGCACUGCUGUUUCUGCAACAUCAGAGGCCUCCUUUGGACAAGGCAGUGGCAACAUCUACCUGGACGACGUGAGCUGCACAGGGUCGGAAUCGUCCCUCUUCCAGUGCAGCCACAAUGGCUGGGGCGUCCACAACUGUCGCCACAGUGAAGAUGCUGGUGUUGUGUGCUCAGGUACCACUGAUUUGACUGCCUAUGUCACCAUCAGCCUGGUGAACGGCACGAACCGCUGCGAGGGUCGUGUGGAGAUUUCAUACUCUGGGGGCCAGGGCACCGUCUGCGACGAUGGCUGGGACCUGAAAGAUGCUCAGGUGGUGUGCAGGCAGCUGGGAUGUGGCACUGCUGUUUCUGCAACAUCAGAGGCCUCCUUUGGACAAGGCAGUGGCAACAUCUACCUGGACGACGUGAGCUGCACAGGGUCGGAAUCGUCCCUCUUCCAGUGCAGCCACAGUGGCUGGGGCGUCCACAACUGUCGCCACAGUGAAGAUGCUGGUGUUGUGUGCUCAGGUGCCUUCAUGCUAAUAUCUCUUCUCAAGUUUUCCGUACCUCCUUCUUUCCCAGGUGCCACCAUCAGCCUGGUGAACGGCACGAACCGCUGCGAGGGUCGUGUGGAGAUUUCACACUCUGGGGGCCGGGGCACCGUCUGCGACGAUGGCUGGGACCUGAAAGAUGCCCAGGUGGUGUGCAGGCAGCUGGGAUGUGGCACUGCUGUUUCUGCAACACCAGAGGCCUCCUUUGGACAAGGCAGUGGCAACAUCUACCUGGACGACGUGAGCUGCACAGGGUCGGAAUCGUCCCUCUUCCAGUGCAGCCACAGUGGCUGGGGCGUCCACAACUGUCGCCACAGUGAAGAUGCUGGUGUUGUGUGCUCAGAUGCCUCCACCAUCAGCCUGGUGAAUGGUAGGAACCGCUGCGAGGGUCGUGUGGAGAUUUCACACUCUGGGGGCCGGGGCACCGUCUGCGACGAUGGCUGGGACCUGAAAGAUGCCCAGGUGGUGUGCAGGCAGCUGGGAUGUGGCACUGCUGUUUCUGCAACAUCAGAGGCCUCCUUUGGACAAGGCAGUGGCAACAUCUACCUGGACGACGUGAGCUGCACAGGGUCGGAAUCGUCCCUCUUCCAGUGCAGCCACAGUGGCUGGGGCGUCCACAACUGUCGCCACAGUGAAGAUGCUGGUGUUGUGUGCUCAGGUGCCACCAUCAGCCUGGUGAACGGCACGAACCGCUGCGAGGGUCGUGUGGAGAUUUCACACUCUGGGGGCCGGGGCACCGUCUGCGACGAUGGCUGGGACCUGAAAGAUGCUCAGGUGGUGUGCAGGCAGCUGGGAUGUGGCACUGCUGUUUCUGCACCAUCAGAGGCCUCCUUUGGACAAGGCAGUGGCAACAUCUACCUGGACGACGUGAGCUGCACAGGGUCGGAAUCGUCCCUCUUCCAGUGCAGCCACAAUGGCUGGGGCGUCCACAACUGUCGCCACAGUGAAGAUGCUGGUGUUGUGUGCUCAGGUACCACUGAUUUGACUGCCUAUGCCUCCACCAUCAGCCUGGUGAAUGGUAGGAACCGCUGCGAGGGUCGUGUGGAGAUUUCACACUCUCGGGGCCAGGGCACCGUCUGCGACGAUGGCUGGGACCUGAAAGAUGCCCAGGUGGUGUGCAGGCAGCUGGGAUGUGGCACUGCUAUUUCUGCAACAUCAGAGGCCUCCUUUGGACAAGGCAGUGGCAACAUCUACCUGGACGACGUGAGCUGCACAGGGUCGGAAUCGUCCCUCUUCCAGUGCAGCCACAAUGGCUGGGGCGUCCACAACUGUCGCCACAGUGAAGAUGCUGGUGUUGUGUGCUCAGGUACCACUGAAGAUGUCACCAUCAGCCUGGUGAAUGGCACGAACCGCUGCGAGGGUCGUGUGGAGAUUUCACACUCUGGGGGCCGGGGCACCGUCUGUGACGAUGGCUGGGACCUGAAAGAUGCCCAGGUGGUGUGCAGGCAGCUGGGAUGUGGCACUGCUGUUUCUGCAACAUCAGAGGCCUCCUUUGGACAAGGCAGUGGCAACAUCUACCUGGACGACGUGAGCUGCACAGGGUCGGAAUCGUCCCUCUUCCAGUGCAGCCACAAUGGCUGGGGCGUCCACAACUGUCGCCACAGUGAAGAUGCUGGUGUUGUGUGCUCAGAUGUCACCAUCAGCCUGGUGAACGGCACGAACCGCUGCGAGGGUCGUGUGGAGAUUUCAUACUCUGGGGGCCAGGGCACCGUCUGCGACGAUGGCUGGGACCUGAAAGAUGCCCAGGUGGUGUGCAGGCAGCUGGGAUGUGGCACUGCUGUUUCUGCAACAUCAGAGGCCUCCUUUGGACAAGGCAGUGGCAACAUCUACCUGGACGACGUGAGCUGCACAGGGUCGGAAUCGUCCCUCUUCCAGUGCAGCCACAGUGGCUGGGGCGUCCACAACUGUCGCCACAGUGAAGAUGCUGGUGUUGUGUGCUCAGGUGCCACCAUCAGCCUGGUGAACGGCACGAACCGCUGCGAGGGUCGUGUGGAGAUUUCACACUCUGGGGGCCGGGGCACCGUCUGCGACGAUGGCUGGGACCUGAAAGAUGCCCAGGUGGUGUGCAGGCAGCUGGGAUGUGGCACUGCUGUUUCUGCACCAUCAGAGGCCUCCUUUGGACAAGGCAGUGGCAACAUCUACCUGGACGACGUGAGCUGCACAGGGUCGGAAUCGUCCCUCUUCCAGUGCAGCCACAAUGGCUGGGGCGUCCACAACUGUCGCCACAGUGAAGAUGCUGGUGUUGUGUGCUCAGGUUUCCAAGAUGCCUCCACCAUCAGCCUGGUGAACGGCACGAACCGCUGCGAGGGUCGUGUGGAGAUUUCACACUCUCGGGGCCAGGGCACCGUCUGUGACGAUGGCUGGGACCUGAAAGAUGCCCAGGUGGUGUGCAGGCAGCUGGGAUGUGGCACUGCUAUUUCUGCAACAUCAGAGGCCUCCUUUGGACAAGGCAGUGGCAACAUCUACCUGGACGACGUGAGCUGCACAGGGUCGGAAUCGUCCCUCUUCCAGUGCAGCCACAGUGGCUGGGGCGUCCACAACUGUCGCCACAGUGAAGAUGCUGGUGUUGUGUGCUCAGGUACCACUGAUUUGACUGCCUGUGCCACCAUCAGCCUGGUGAACGGCACGAACCGCUGCGAGGGUCGUGUGGAGAUUUCACACUCUGGGGGCCGGGGCACCGUCUGCGACGAUGGCUGGGACCUGAAAGAUGCCCAGGUGGUGUGCAGGCAGCUGGGAUGUGGCACUGCUGUUUCUGCACCAUCAGAGGCCUCCUUUGGACAAGGCAGUGGCAACAUCUACCUGGACGACGUGAGCUGCACAGGGUCGGAAUCGUCCCUCUUCCAGUGCAGCCACAAUGGCUGGGGCGUCCACAACUGUCGCCACAGUGAAGAUGCUGGUGUUGUGUGCUCAGAUGCCUCCACCAUCAGCCUGGUGAAUGGUAGGAACCGCUGCGAGGGUCGUGUGGAGAUUUCACACUCUCGGGGCCAGGGCACCGUCUGCGACGAUGGCUGGGACCUGAAAGAUGCCCAGGUGGUGUGCAGGCAGCUGGGAUGUGGCACUGCUAUUUCUGCAACAUCAGAGGCCUCCUUUGGACAAGGCAGUGGCAACAUCUACCUGGACGACGUGAGCUGCACAGGGUCGGAAUCGUCCCUCUUCCAGUGCAGCCACAAUGGCUGGGGCGUCCACAACUGUCGCCACAGUGAAGAUGCUGGUGUUGUGUGCUCAGAUAAGCCACAGGCAUCUCCCUAUGUCUAUCUGGUGAACGGAAGGCACCAAUGUGAAGGUCGUGUUGAGAUCUACUACCGAGGACAGUCGGGGACAGUUUGUGAUGACUUCUGGGACCUCGCGGACGCCCAGGUUGUGUGCAGGCAGGUGGGAUGUGGCAAGGCCAUUGCAGCUCUAGGAAGUGCCUACUUCGGGCAAGGCUCGGGUGACAUCGUGCUGGACAACGUGAGGUGCAGCGGGAAUGAGGUGUCCUUGCUGCGCUGCAAUCACACGGGCUGGAGGAUCCACAACUGUGCCCACUAUGAAGAUGCUUCUGUUGUCUGUUCAGAUAAGAAGGACUAUGCCAUCAGACAUGCCAGAGAUGUCCACCUCAACAGAGAUGUCCACCGCACAAGAGACGUCCACCGCACCAGAGACGACCACAUUCACAAGGAUGAUAACCUCAUCAUUGAUGAGCACCUCAGAGAAAACAUCUAUGGGAGCAGAGGACAGCACACCAGAGUGACCCGAACCCCUGGCACAUGUCCCACUGGUGGAUUUUGGUGCCAUCCCUUGGAAGCAGCCAUGCUGACCUCUCUUGGGCCCAGCGUGCGGCUGUCGGGCGGCAGGAACGGCUGCGAGGGCCGCGUGGAGCUGUACGACGGCAGCUCCUGGGGGACGGUGUGUGACGACCAGUGGGACCUGCAGGAUGCCCAAGUGGUGUGCCAGCAGCUGGGCUGUGGCCAGCCCGUGGCUGCACUGGACACUGCACACUUUGGCCUGGGCUCUGGCCGCAUCUUCCUGGACGAUGUGCAGUGCCGUGGGGACGAGCCCUCCCUCCAGAUGUGCCAGCACAACGGCUGGGGCGUGCACAACUGCGGGCACGUGGAGGAUGCCAGUGUCAUCUGUGCAGCUGCCAAUCCAACCCCUCCUGCUCAGUGGCCGUACACAACAGGGCCCAGCGUGCGGCUGUCGGGCGGCAGGAACGGCUGCGAGGGCCGCGUGGAGCUGUAUGACGGCAGCUCCUGGGGGACGGUGUGUGACGACCAGUGGGACCUGCGGGAUGCCCAGGUGGUGUGCCAGCAGCUGGGCUGUGGCCAGCCCCUGGACGCCCCACAAAAUGCACACUUUGGCCUGGGCUCCGGCCGCAUCUUCCUGGACGACGUGCAGUGCCGCGGGGACGAGCCCUCCCUCCAGAUGUGCCGGCACAACGGUUGGGGCGUGCACAACUGCGAGCACGGGGAGGAUGCCAGUGUCAUCUGUGCAGAGAGGGCACACUGGUCCUACAGCUUGAAUUUUCACGACCAUGUUCAUGACCAUGUCCAGUCCGUGUCCGUAAACUGCCACAAGCCUCACUUCCCUUCUGUUCACUCCUUCUUCUUCUUUGCAGCCGCCAAUCCAAGCGCUCCUUCUCAAUGGCCACUCACAACAGGGCCCAGCGUGCGGCUGUCGGGCGGCAGGAACGGCUGCGAGGGACGCGUGGAGCUGUACGACGGCAGCUCCUGGGGGACGGUGUGUGACGACCAGUGGGACCUGCGGGAUGCUCAGGUGGUGUGCCAGCAGCUGGGCUGUGGCCAGCCCGUGGAUGCCCCACGGAAUGCUCGCUUCGGCCCGGGCUCUGGCCGCAUCUUCCUGGACGACGUGCAGUGCCGCGGGGACGAGCCCUCCCUCCAGAUGUGCCGGCACAACGGCUGGGGCAUGCACAACUGCGGGCACGUGGAGGAUGCCAGUGUCAUCUGUGCAGGUGCCGUGCGGCUGUCGGGCGGCAGGAACGGCUGCGAGGGCCGCGUGGAGCUGUACGACGGCAGCUCCUGGGGGACGGUGUGUGACGACCAGUGGGACCUGCGGGAUGCCCAGGUGGUGUGCCAGCAGCUGGGCUGUGGCCGGCCCCUGAGCGCCCCAGGCAACGCUCGCUUUGGCCCGGGCUCCGGCCGCAUCUUCCUGGACGACGUGCAGUGCCGCGGGGAUGAGCCCUCCCUCCAGAUGUGCCGGCACAACGGCUGGGGCGUGCACAACUGCAGGCACGGGGAGGAUGCCAGUGUCAUCUGUGCAGCUCCCCAGCCAACCCCUCCUCCUCAACAGCCACUCACAACAGGGCCCAGCGUGCGGCUGUCGGGCGGCAGGAACGGCUGUGAGGGCCGCGUGGAGCUGUACGACGGCAGCUCCUGGGGGACGGUGUGUGACGACCGGUGGGACCUGCGGGAUGCCCAGGUGGUGUGCCAGCAGCUGGGCUGUGGCCGGCCCCUGAGUGCCCCAGGGAACGCUCGCUUUGGCCCGGGCUCCGGCCGCAUCUUCCUGGACGACGUGCAGUGCCGCGGGGACGAGCCCUCCCUCCAGAUGUGCCGGCACAACGGCUGGGGCGUGCACAACUGCAGGCACGGGGAGGAUGCCAGUGUCAUCUGUGCAGCUCCCCAGCCAACCCCUCCUCCUCAACAGCCACUCACAACAGGGCCCAGCGUGCGGCUGUCGGGCGGCAGGAACGGCUGCGAGGGCCGCGUGGAGCUGUACGACGGCAGCUCCUGGGGGACGGUGUGUGACGACCGGUGGGACCUGCGGGAUGCCCAGGUGGUGUGCCAGCAGCUGGGCUGUGGCCGGCCCCUGAGCGCCCCAGGCAACGCUCGCUUUGGCCCGGGCUCCGGCCGCAUCUUCCUGGACGACGUGCAGUGCCGCGGGGACGAGCCCUCCCUCCACAUGUGCCGGCACAACGGCUGGGGCGUGCACAACUGCAGGCACGGGGAGGAUGCCAGUGUCAUCUGUGCAGCUCCCCAGCCAACCCCUCCUCCUCAACAGCCACUCACAACAGGGCCCAGCGUGCGGCUGUCGGGCGGCAGGAACGGCUGCGAGGGCCGCGUGGAGCUGUACGACGGCAGCUCCUGGGGGACGGUGUGUGACGACCAGUGGGACCUGCGGGAUGCCCAGGUGGUGUGCCAGCAGCUGGGCUGUGGCCGGCCCCUGAGCGCCCCAGGCAACGCUCGCUUUGGCCCGGGCUCCGGCCGCAUCUUCCUGGACGACGUGCAGUGCCGCGGGGACGAGCCCUCCCUCCACAUGUGCCGGCACAACGGCUGGGGCGUGCACAACUGCAGGCACGGGGAGGAUGCCAGUGUCAUCUGUGCAGCUCCCCAGCCAACCCCUCCUCCUCAACAGCCACUCACAACAGGGCCCAGCGUGCGGCUGUCGGGCGGCAGGAACGGCUGCGAGGGCCGCGUGGAGCUGUACGACGGCAGCUCCUGGGGGACGGUGUGUGACGACCGGUGGGACCUGCGGGAUGCCCAGGUGGUGUGCCAGCAGCUGGGCUGUGGCCGGCCCCUGAGCGCCCCAGGCAACGCUCGCUUUGGCCCAGGCUCCGGCCGCAUCUUCCUGGACGACGUGCAGUGCCGUGGGGACGAGCCCUCCCUCCAGAUGUGCCGGCACAACGGCUGGGGCGUGCACAACUGCAGGCACGGGGAGGAUGCCAGUGUCAUCUGUGCAGCUCCAGUGGCCACCUCAACACCUCCACCAGCACCUUAUUUUUGUGGUGGCUCAGUCUCAGAUUCCUCUGGGGUGCUGCAGAGUCCCAACUAUCCUGGAAAUUAUCCAAACGACGCUGACUGCGUGUGGGAAAUACAAGUAGAGAACAAUUUCCGUGUAACGCUCACAUUUAGAGAUAUUGUGAUGCAAAGCAGGACGUGCCAGCAUGACUACAUUGAAGUCUAUGAUGGACCUCUCCACUCUUCCCCUCUUCUUGGGAGAUUCUGUUCUGGUUCCUUUCCCACAUACGUGUCCUCUUCGAACAUGAUGAGUGUUCGCUUCCACAGCGAUUCCAGAUACUCCUUCAGAGGGUUUCAGGCUCACUACUCCUCCAUUCCAGCAGGUCACAACACCACCAUUCAGUGCUUGCCGGACUACAUGCACGUAGUGGUCAGCAGAGACUACCUCCAGUCUCAGGGCUACUCAGCUCAGAGGGUCACCCUGAACGACAACCGCUGCAGACCGACAGUCACGUCACAGGAGGUUGUAUUCAACAUUCCCUACAACAGCUGUGGGACAAUACAAGAGGAUGAAGGGCACGGCAUCACUUACACCAACACCAUCUCCCUGGCUCCAGCUGGCAACGUCAUCACCCACCAGAGGAACACCGAGAUCACUGCACAGUGCAGGAUGAGGAGCAAUGAAACCUUGGAACUCAUUUACACCACAACAAAAAAAGCCAUCCAAAACCUGGCUGCUCGGGGGAAGUAAAACGUCAGCAUGGCCUUCUACGAGCCAGAUUUGUUCUCCAAGCCCAUAAAAUACUCUCCAUACUACAUAGACUCGAACCAAACGCUCUUUGCUGAAGUGACUCUUCAUUCCACUGCCCCAAAUCUCCAGGUGUUCAUUGAUACCUGCACUGCAUCUCCACAGCCUGAUUUUGGAUCGCUGACAUACGACCUCAUCAGGAGUGGCUGCAAUAAAGAUGACACUGUGGUAACCUACCCAGCAUUUGAAAACCAUGGCAGAUUCAAAUUUAGGGCCUUCAGGUUCCUGAGGAGCUUCCCAUCAGUUUAUCUCCAGUGUGACGUUGUGAUCUGUGACAGCAAUACCACCAACUCUCGCUGUGCCAGAGGCUGCAUCUCCAGGCAGAAAAGAGCCACCUCUCCAUACACAUGGAAAACUAACACUGUGGUGGGGCUCAUCUGCCUGAAAAGAGAACUCAGGGCUGCUGAGCACUCAGAAUCCCUCGCUGAUGUAGAAGCUGAAAAAACACCAAACCUGCAACAACACAACUUCUACACUCUGGCAUUUGUGGUUUUAAUUUCAAACAUUCUUAUUGUGGUAGCUGUGAUGCUAAAGCAUCACAAACACCAGCGAGGAUACAGCUAUCAAAAUGUCCAGAGGUCACUUUAA